AUUCUGUGUUCAUAUUCUUACUUCAUGUGUGGUAAUUCCAUAUGGAUUGAUUUUAAUGCAUAAAAAUGAUUGGGAAUGUAUGUAUGAGCCUUUUUAUAAACUUGGGUAUCAUCUGGAUUUGUUAAUGGAUUUGGUAAAAAGGGGAUACCAGCGUGUUGUCAGCAAGCUCUUUGAGGAGAAGCCACAACAACAUAAUGUCAUCUGCACUAUUUCGAGAUCUUAUGUAACAAUGAAAUAUGAGUCUGCCAAUGCAAGUGGAUUAAUUAUUCAGAUUCUUGUCAACAUUAGAUGGAGUCUCAGGGGAAAUGUGGGUUCUCUAAAGUUACAGUUGAGAUAUUUUUUACUUACGACCCCUGCUUGUGUACGAAGAAGUUUAAUCAUUGCUGGAAGAGUAUUUGAUAGAGGUAGAUUGCUUGAGUUAAUCAUGAGGAGUACUAAAUUCUGCUUGAGUACUCUUAUUUAUGGUGUGUUUUUUCUUAUGAGGUCACCCUGGAUGAAUGAGUAUAAUGGGUUGAUAUUAAUGCCUAGGUGCAAUGCAAAUUUUGUAUAUGAGCUGGUUCUUGAAUUGGAGUACCAUCUGAAAUUGUUAAUUGAGUAUUUGAAUAUGUCUUUGCUUACUCAUAAUAGUGACAGUUGUGUUACUCUCAAGGUUCUUAACUCAGAAGGUGCAACAAGUGAUUGUAGUACGUUGUUUGAGGAAUCUUCACAGAAAGGUGAAAAUAUCUGGGUAGUCUUGAUUCUUCAAAUGACAACGGAAACGGGUGCUGCCAUUUCACAGGGACUGAUUGCUCAACUGCAGAUAGGAGGAGAAUCAUCUAUUACAUCCUAUGAAGAUAGGAACAAAGAUUAAUCAAACUGUGUAUUCUUCUGGCAAUGAGGUUCUUAAACUGUGCUUCAAAUAUAUCCAGCACCAUCCACUCGUGCUUUUAGUACCUAAAGGGUAUGAAUGGAGAGUGGGAAUGCAUAAUAUAUCCAUAGAAGCUAAUGGAAUUGUCUGUCCUGGUGGAAAUACAUGGUAUCUUGGCCGGAAGGAAUUCCUUGUAAGAGAGGUGGGAAUCAGUGAGAUGCUCGCAAAGGAUAGUACUGAUGAAAUCAGCGGACGUGGAUGGUUGGAAGAAAUGCUUAUGGGAGUUGAUUGUUCUUGUACUAAGCUAGGAGUUGCAGUUUUGAAGUUAACUGCCAUACUGAUAACUCAAAUAUGCAGUUUUUUAGAAGAUACUGAAGUUGUUUGUGGUGUUCUACUUAGUGCAAGCACAUCAGGAAACAAGAUGAUGCUUGUUGUAAUUAAGAAGGGUGAGAAUAUAACACAAGAGUUGUUGGAAGAAAUAUGUAAGAAGGCUAAUGGUGUUUUUACUCAAAAAAAAUAUGCACAUCUGAGAUGUUCCUUCAUGGUGAUUCGAACGGGCAUUUACAAAGAAUCCAGUGGAGUCAUUGAUGUUACUAUGCUUGGUAAAGACGUGUUUGCUGAAGGUCUCAACCAUUUACACAAGGAAGUGGGGGGUGAAAUAAUAGGAAAACUAAAGCAUUGGGUGUUUGGUGGUGAUGAGGAAAUCAUAUGCAGGAAUUCAUGGCAGUCUUAUGCCUAUGUGGAGGUGAACUGGAAUGACCGUGCUUUAGAGAUACAGUUAGAAGUCAUCUUGUUCCUUCCGGGUUCAUGGAAUGUUGGUUAUGGGAUUUGGAUGUUGUACAAAUACUUGACAUGCAUUAACGUUUCAACUCCAAGUUCAGUCCAAUAUCACAUCACCAGGGAUACUCAGCUCAAGCUGGUUGCUGUACAAGUACUUAUUCUCACCACAUUACAUGGCUUUCCCAUAUACAGACUACACGGUAAAUGGUGCAUAGUCGUCCAUGGAUGGUUUUCGCUAGAGUUAUCCACCAAAGUAGACGCUUUUUCUCAACAAGUUAUUGGCUGCAGUGGAACCUUUUGGCCAAUAUGGGCACUACAAGUUAUGCUUCUUUUAGUACCUUCUGGGCAGUGAAUUUUGUAGAUGGUGGUUUGUUUAACCUUAAGGUAAUAAGCACCAGUGGCUCGAUUUCACAAGAGAAGACCAGUUGCUAUGGGCUUUGUGCUGAGAUUAUAAAUCACAUUUCUUGCAGUCACAGUAUCCAUGAAGAAGCUGCAGCAAUCGUGCGUUCUAUUAGCUGGACUCAACUCUCAGUCCUUUACAGCCAAGCUCAUUUCAUAUCUUCAUCCUUGAGGACAAGGAUGAUUCGGAGAGGUGGGUAUUUGUCAUGUACCUGGGGUAGGAUAGAAAGGGUAAUUGUGGUACUUUACUAUUAUUGUAAGGGUAGUCCGGAUAUUCGCAUCAUUGGUCAUUUCUACAGCUAUUUAGGCUGUGUUUGUUGUAAGGAACCAGCUAAGAAAUAAUGUAAAACUCUAUCUUCUUCUCUAA